GGACGACGUACGCUGCAACCGGCCGAUAAAAAAAAAUUAAAAACAAGGCAAAAUGUAUAAAACGUUUUGGUUAUACCAAUAUCCAUAUUAGUCUCGUGUCGUGGGUGUCACAGUGAACAUAUAAUAAUAAUUACUCAAUAAUAAAUAAUUAAAUUAAUAUUUCGCGUAAAUAAAUAAACAAUAAGUGGUAUAAAUUAAAAAAAGUUUUGACAUAUAUUUAGAAACAUGUUCGCGAUCUUAGUAUUGUUUGUGGUCAGUUUUGCAGAUGUAACUCUGCAGGCAGAAUGGACCUACAGUCAACAAUCCGCAUGGCCAGGAGUAUGCAACGCUGGUCUGGGUCAGUCUCCAAUCAACAUCAUGACCCAGGAAGCGAUAGUGGACAAGCACCAUGCCCACAUCCGAGGCCCUCUGAUCUUCCGAGGGUACAAUGAUGUGCCGCUGUACGGAUCCAAUAAUGGGCAUACAGUGAAAUGGUCUGGAGUGGCUGACGGACCAGCACCAGUUCUGGCUGGUGGUCCUCUCAGGGGCAACUACACCUUCCUGCAGUUCCACUUUCACUGGCUUUCGGAACACGCCAUUGAUGGAAUGAAGUACCCUCUGGAAGUCCACAUGGUGCACAUUAAGACUGGGCUGACCCUCGACGAGGCUCUGGCUCGUGCUGAUGGACUGGCAGUCAUUGGAGUUUUCUUUUUGAUGCACAGAGGGUACGGCAGUGACCGCGCUUUGGAGGAAAUCAUUCCAAUGAUGCCCUACAUUGUGAACAGCUCACAGAACAACACUGAGCCACGAAGAAUAGACAUCACACGCCUGUUGAGCAAUGAGCCGCAGUCCUACUAUACGUACCAUGGCUCUCUCACUACCCCCAUGUGCCAGGAAGUCGUCACCUGGAUCGUCAUGGACAAACCAAUCUACAUUUCUCCUGACCAGUACGCACUAUUCACCAAGGUCGAUGUAGGCGGAGACUACAACUACCGUAGCCUACAGCCGAGGAACAACAGAGUAGUAUACCGCUCCAUAGCUUCCUGUGCCUCCAUCAUGGCUCCGACCCUCCCAGGAACCCUCAUCAGCCUCUUCUCCUGCCUCUCCACUUCCCUUGCUGCGGGUGUCAACAAGGGCGUUGGAGCAUUCUUAAACAUAAAACGGAAAAUUUUCGGUACCCCUGCCAAAAAUUGCGUAAAAGCCAAAUAAUUAAGGUGUUAUAUAAACUUAUCUAGAGGAUUCAAAUGUAAAUGUGCUAGAAUUGGUUGUUAAAGAGUGCUUAAGGAUUACGGCAUAUAGGCCAGUAUUUAAUUGUCGUACAUUAUAAUAUGGUCUAUAUACUUGUAUUUGUUGCUACGAAUUUGUAGCGAUAUCUACAAGACCCAUAGCACUUUAAACGCUUGGAGCGCCACCUAGGAAGUGCAAAAAUGUUCCUUAAUUGCCAAGAGAAUGUUAGUUUAUUUAUUAAACUGCCCAACUAAGUAAGUUGAAGUAGUGUUGAAGAGUGGAAGAUGAAGCGAACUUCUGAAGUUAACUGUUAUCUAUUUGUAAAAGUGCCAUGAGUCUAUAGUGAUGAAAAGUUUCGCCAUCUUGCAGUGAGCAUUUUUGGGCUAUAUAGAAAUAGCUAUAUAAUUUUUUUUCUAAGUAAAAUUGUUUAACAAUUUUAUUCCAAUCGAGAGGAUAAAGAAUAAUUAUCUCCAAAUUGUAGGCUUCUUAAGAAAUGUAAUCAUUAUUGUCGAUCAGUGACAGAGGAGAUUUAAAAUAGCAGAAUGUAUCUAAUCUCAAUAUAGCUAAUUGACUGCAGAGAAAUACUUGCUAUCGAAACCUUAUCACUGAUUUCUAGUCAUCAACAAUAUAGAUUACAUAAUCUUGCUUACUAAAUGUUCUGGUUCACUAAAAUAGCACGAUUAAAGGCGUUCUAUUGAACAUGAUCAAAAAUUUUCAAAAAUCGAACGCCUGUCGAUUCUCAGACAUACCUGAAAUAGGGCUCAUACACAAAACUGCGAUGCAAUACGUAGCGAAUUCGCAACGAAAAAGAAUUACGACAGGAACUGCUGCGAUUCCUUCGUCGACCGUCAACCUAAACAUGUUUUAAAUUGAAAACUAGGUCGUGACAUGGAUCGUAAAAAAGAAAUUCACUUUUGUUAUUGCUUAGGUGAUACA